CUGAGUGCUUGUUGACGUCAGCAAACUUAUCCAGCAGCUGUAGAGGCGAGCUGAGGAGGAGGAGGAGAGGAGGGAAUGAGCCUGCUGGAUGUGGAGCUCGGACCGCGCAGCGCCGAGGAUCGUGGACUUGUUUUCUGCGGGACUGCUCGCACUACUUUGUGGUUCCAGUGUGGAAUAUUGGCAGAUAUUCAGGAGGGACCACAGAGACGCACAGUUUCCACUAUGAACCGCGCCUUCAACAGGAAAAAAGAUAAAUCAUGGAUGCACACCCCAGAAGCUUUGGCCAAGCAUUACAUAGCCUACAAUGCCAAGGCAGAAGAGAUAACUUUAACUAUCGGCCAAGCCUUUGAUUUGGCCUACAAGAAGUUCUUGGAGUCUGGAGGCAAAGACGUCGAGACCAGGAAACAGAUUGGAAGCCUGCAGAAACGAAUUCAAGAACUGGAAACGGAAAACUCUGAGCUAAAGAAACAACUGCAAGAGCUUGAAGAACAGCUGAUGAUAGCACACGUACCUCCAGCGGGGAGUAUCUCAAUGAAGCCGCAGUCGACAGACAUUUUUGACAUGGUUCCCUUCUCCCCUGUGACACCCCUGGUGCCCACACCAGCCAGCAACGGCUGCCCACCCCCUCCACCCACCACAUUGCCACCAGAUAUAAGUAAAGAUUUGUUUGGUGCAGAGCCGUUUGAUCCGUUCACCUGCGGGGCAGCUGACUUCCCUCCAGACAUCCAGUCAAAGCUGGAUGAGAUGCAGGAGGGGUUCAAAAUGGGACUAACCUUAGAGGGCACCGUCUUCUCUCUGGACCCGCUAGACAGUCGCUGCUGAUGCUGAGAAGAUGAACCCUUCGAGGUGCACUUUCAACCCGUUUGUAUGAAGAAGAAGUGCCAAAAUCCACUCCACGGUUGAGUCAAGAUGUCACAGUUGUCAUCUUGAGGUUUAUAUGCAUUUGCAUUUAGAUUGGUUUUCGAUAUUUCAAGGUAAACUCAGAUCCAUUAUAGUAAAGAGCUAUUUUUGUAAUAAAAAAAAGACAAAAAAUGCGUAUGGAGGUGUUAGUUUUGAGUACCUUUGCUUGCACAGGAGGAGACAGAUGUAAAUAGUCGAUAUGUUCAAUGGUACACUCUGUGGCAGAAUUUUCAUAUGUGUGUAUGCACCGUUUGAAUUCUGUAUUGUCAACACAUUCCUGUUUGUAUGCCAAACACAAGCUGGCAAGAAAAAUAAAUGGAAUCUAUAUUGUGACAAAACCUUUGAGCUUUUAACAUCACAUAUUUUACUCCACAUUAAUUCAUACGUUAUGUAGUUGAUUAAUCCAGCCUGAUAUUUUCUUUUGUUUUUUUUACUUCAGUGACCUUUCCGCUCUUUGUCCUUUGUUCUGUUCAGAUUUUGACCAGAUUGAGUUGCCAUUUCGGUGUUUACCUUUCAUUUUCUGCUCUUUUAUCUCUGUCCAGCCAGUUCUAUUCCUGUUAUUUCACUUUCUGUUGAAUUGACUUUGCUGUUACAGAUAUUAAAGAAAAUCCUACUAUGAAA